AUGUUGAGAGGAAUGGACUUGAUGUGCAAGUAUUCCUAUGAAAUGGGGUCUGACUGGGUUGUUGCUGCUGGUUUGGAAGAGGGUUUUUCUCAGAGAUGCACAAGUGGAAACGAGGAAUUCGUUUUCAAUCUUCCCAUGGAUUGCACCUUCAAAUCUACGAAUCCUUCCGGCUGGCCGAGAAUUGUCAUCGAACUUAUUGGCCAAGAUAAUUUUAACCAAGAUCAACCACGCGGUUUCUGCUGGGCACUCGUUCCACCCAUUCCAGGCUCCAGGAAAAUCCGCACCGCUAUCUAUCUUCCUCAGGCUAGCUCUAAAAUGCAGGCUCUUAGCCACUGGUUCACCGGAAACGCGGUCAAUUUCACCGAUCCAAAAAUAAUUGCGCGUCCAAACGGACGAGAGAUGACACGAGUACAGUCCGUCGGAUAUGUGACAAUUCAGUUUGAUGUUACUGCGUCGGGACUUUCCAAAUUUGGCUACGACUUUGGCAAAGACAGCUAA